GAAAUGGCCACGCAAGCGACUGGACUGUUUGGGGAACCAUAACAACUCUAGCUAGAUAAUUGUCCAUUUUUAUUUUACAACAUGCUGUCAGAAGAAGGAUAUUAGCUUCAUUUACAGUAUCAUAUGCGUUUUGUUGUAUAUCGUUCGUGGUUUUACAACCGGUGAAUAACCGACCAUGAAGAGGGACCAGUCAGAUGGACAGACAUCUACCUGCCUCUCUCCUCUCCUCUCUUCUCUAACCAUGUGACAAAAUAAUUCUGCUCACCAAACAUUUUUCUACCACGCCAAAAGGGGACGAAUUAUCUCAAGAUGCCUCGGUUGGAAGACGUCGCCAACAUUGUUCUGAGGGUGCCAAGCAUCCUGGUACUGGACUUGCUCUAUAAAUGUGACAUUGAUAGCUUCACAGAGCACCUCAGGGCGAAGAACGAAGACAUGCUCUUCAAAUACAAAUAUGUUAUCUGGAACCUCUAUUACCUAGGUCACGUGAUCAACGUGGUGAUGUUACUUUUACCAUUGAGACACAUCGUCAAGCUCUACCUCUACAUCCUCACCACUCUGCUCUUUUACGUGGGACACCAGAUCUCCAAGGACUAUGUCCAUGGAGAGGUGCAGUAUGGGUAUGACGGAGCCCUGUACCUCGACUCUCAGGCCUUCAACCGCUUUGUCUCUUCCCUGACUAGUCAGGUCAUAUUGAGUACGUUGUGUGCCUUUCUCAUGAAGACCAGGAAGGUGUGGCUGUUCUCUGCCCACCUUCUGCCCCUAUUGGCCCGUCUCUGUGCCAUGCCCCAUAACACCCUGUUAUUGGUCAACUCCUUCUCCACGGCCCUGACUGGAAUAGGUGUGGCCAUGUUCCUCCUGUCCAAUCUGUUCGUGCCGUACCGGCUGGCCAGGGCAGCCUACUCUGAACUGCUUCAACUGGAGGUGAUAGAGCUGUAUAGACUCCUAGCAGUGACUAUCUCUCUCUGGAAUCAGUUUGCAGUGCCAGUGUUGUUCAGUGUGUUCUGGUCUGUGCUGUUUGUGGUCCAGCUGUGUUCUUACUCCAUGACCAACAAUACAACAGGCAGCCAUGAGGGGGUGCUGUUCUUCCUCCUCACAAGUGUCUCUGAGUGCUGUGUCACGCCCUACUCCCUGCUGGGCCUGACGUCGGUGGUGUCUUACCUGGGCCUGGGGCUGCUCAACCUCACCAAGUUCUACCUGGGGGGCUACACUGCAGUACAGAAUGACAACGUCAUGCACAGAGGUGUGACUGAGGGGGUAACGUUGCUGCUGCUGGCUCUUCAGACGGGUCUUUUAGACAUGCAGGCUCUGCAACGCACCUUCCUCCUCAGUAUCAUCCUCUUCAUCGUCGUCACCUCCACUCUGCAGUCCAUGAUAGAGAUCACAGACCCCAUCAUCCUGGCCCUGGGGGCGUCUAGAAACAGGAGUCUAUGGAAACACUUCAGAGGUCUCAGUAUGUGUCUGGUCCUGCUGGUGUUCCCAGGAUACAUGGCAUAUAAAAUCUCCCAGUUCUUCCACAUGGACUUCUGGCUCCUCAUCCUGGUCUCCAGCUGCAUGCUCACCUCUCUGCAGGUGACAGGUACCUUGCUGAUCUACUCCCUCUUCAUGGUUGAGCUGUCCUGUAGCGACCCUAUAGACAGCCUGGAUGAGAUCAUCUAUUGGGUCAAUGCAGUCAGCCGCGUGCUGGAGUUCGUUGUGGCUCUCUGCGUGGUGGCCUACGGGACCUGGGAAUCUCUGUUUGGGGAGUGGAGCUGGAUGGGUGCCUCAAUCAUCAUCAUACACUGCUACUUCAACGUGUGGCUCAGAGCCCAGACCGGCUGGAGGAGCUUCCUGCUUAGACAGGAAGCAGCCAAGAAGAUCAACUCCCUCCCCCGGGCCACGGCCAAUCAGCUGCAGCAACACAACGACGUUUGUUCCAUUUGCUUCCAGGAAAUGAGCUCAGCCGUGCUGACGUACUGCGGACAUUUCUUCCAUGGAAACUGCCUGCGUAAGUGGCUCUACGUCCAGGAGACUUGCCCCAUGUGCCACCAGGCCGUCCGCCCCACCCCGCCAGCCCCAGUGGCAGGAGACUUCCAGGCUGCUCCUCUGCCCUCUAGAGGUACUGGGCCAGGCCGGGUAGAGGAGAGGAGAAGCUCCAGAGAUCAGACUCCAGUCAGGGACGCCACACACCAGCCCCCAGCUAACCUGCUGUCCCCAGGCUCCCCAGAUCAGCAGGAAGGGACAGAGAGCCUGGAAGAGGGAACCAGUGGUUCAGAUAGAGAGGACAGAACGGGACGCCCACUUAGGAAACCUGUCCAGGAUCUCCACUUCAGCUCCACUGGGGACUUUGUAGGCUUCGUCAGCCCACGCUCUUCUGGGGGUAGUCCUAGUCCAGGGAAGCAGAACCUGGAGCCUGGGGAUGGAGCUCAUCCUACCAACAGGUACAACAGUGAAGGGGUUGACUACACGAUCAAAGGACUAUUGGUGCAAUCUGCUCCCAAAGAGCAGAAUGGCAGAGUAUUGACUAGAGUGAAUGGGGCUAGAGAGAACUGCCGGACUGAGAACAACCUUGUAGGAGAAAACCAAUGUGGACCUAUGUCAGGGACAACAACCAGAAAGACCUCAAGGUCUAAGAGUGUGAGCGGGAUAGGAGACGUCACCCAACAGAACCGUGAACACAGGGGACGACCACGGUCACACACUCUAGAUGGUGGACAUGCACAGCAGGAUGAAAGCCAAUCAGAACUGGACACGCCCUGGGAUGUUACAUCUACCCGGCAACAGAGAUCUAGGCUACGCAGUAGCACCAGAACAGAGGAGGAGGGACUCCGUCACAACAGAACAGAGGAGGAGGGACUCCGUCACAACAGAACAGAGGAGGAGGGACUCCGUCACAACAGAACAGAGGAGGAGGGACUCCGUCACAACAGAACAGAGGAGGAGGGGCCAAAGGUGCAGCAGAACGAGGUGGCAGGACACACCGUGAUCCUCCAUUUCUCUGGUGUAUCUGCCUUUCUGUGGCUGGAUGUGGGUGACGACACAGGACGAUUCAGCACCAGCGUAUUCCUCAUGGUCACCAGGAACAGAACACUGAUUUGA